AUGAAAGAACUUAAAGAUUGCAUCUUUGGGAAAUUCCUAAUGGACUCAGCGUUGAAAACUUCACACUUUGUGGCUCCAGUAAUUACAGUUCUUGGUUUUGGAGCUAAUUUGGUGACAUUGGCUUUUAUGAUCACUAUUGGAGUUACUAAAAGAGGCAUCAACGACAAUACAAGGAAAUGCCUGCCAGUGAGGGUUUUGUCCUAUGUUGUUCCUGCUCUAGGAGCAUUCAUGUCAUGUCUCUGCAUGGUUUUGAUGCUGAGAGAAAGCCUGGAUGGCUAUUCUGCUUCGAAUCAUCAAUGGCUUUUCAGUGGCUCCCGGUUUGCUGUCUGGGUUGCAAUUUUACUUGCUUCAACUUGUGACUGCUGGGUUGUUGUUUAUGGCAACUGCAUCUUGUGCCUUUGGUGGAUAUUGAAACCGUUUCUCUUGAUUCCUCAUCUACUGACAGUUCUCUCUUCUCCAGAGGUUUUUAGGUAUGUUAGCGAGGUCUUCCUUGCUUUGCUGGAAAUCAUGUUUGGAAUCUUGAUUAACAUUACAAGAAUGAACUGGGCAUCUUAUAACAAAGACAGUAACUCCAUGGAAGAGCCACUUCUUCCUUGCACAAGCAACACCAAAGAAUGCCAGACAAGGCCCGGACUUCUGCUCAAAAUUUGGCAUCUUUUUACUUUCAAUUUCAUUGACUCUGUACUCGAAAGUGGUGUAAAGAGGCAGCUUGACUCAAAUGAUUUGCUUGAACUACCAGAAGAUUUGGAACCUUUAUCUUGCUAUUACCUGAUGCGACAGUCCUGGGAAGAGCAACAAAGUGCUGACUCUGCUAGUAUCUCUUUGAUCAAAGCCAUUUGUGGGGUCUAUGGUUGGCCAUAUUUUCGACUUGGUCUCUUAAAGGUGAUUAAUGAUUGUUUGGGGUUUGUGGGACCAGUUCUUCUCAAUAAGCUGAUUCGGUUUCUCCAGCAAGGCACCGGGCACUAUGAGGGUUACAUCUUUGCUGUAUUCUUGGGCCUAGCAUCUAUUUUAAAAUCCUUCCUUGAUACACAAUAUUCUUUUCAUCUUGGCAAACUAAAGUUGAAGCUCCGAGCCAGUAUCAUGAGUGUUAUUUACCACAAGUGCCUCUACGUCAGACUUGCAGAAAGGUCAAAGUUUUCUGAAGGAGAGAUUCAAACAUUCAUGUCUGUGGAUGCUGAUAGAACUGUAAACCUAUGCAACAGUUUCCAUGAUAUGUGGAGCUUGCCACUGCAGAUCGGAGUCGCUCUAUAUCUACUUUACACACAAGUCAAGUUUGCAUUUCUUUCUGGAAUUGCAAUAACUGUCCUUUUAAUACCAGUCAAUAAAUGGAUUGCCGAAUUGAUUGCAAAGGCUACCAAAAAUAUGAUGGAACAAAAGGAUGAAAGGAUCAGGAGGACCGCUGAACUUUUGACAUACAUUCGAACUCUGAAAAUGUAUAGCUGGGAGAUUCUAUUUGCUGGAUGGUUGAUGAAGACAAGAUCACUGGAAGUGAAAUAUCUAUCAACCCGCAAAUACUUGGAUGCAUGGUGCGUUUUCUUUUGGGCUACAACACCAACUCUUUUCUCGUUGUCCACAUUCGGACUUUAUACUUUGAUGGGGCAUCAGCUUGAUGCAGCAACGGUCUUUACUUGCCUUGCUCUAUUCAAUAAUUUAAUUUCUCCACUGAACUCUUUUCCUUGGGUCAUUAAUGGGUUAAUUGAUGCCUUUAUAUCUUCUGGGAGGUUAAGCAAGUUUUUGUCCAGUUCAGAAUAUAAGCUCGAAUUAGAAAAGAGAGGCAACAUUUUAGCCAAUGACCAGUGUGAUUCUGAAAAUAUAGCUGUCAUAAUUUCUGAUGCGUCUUCGACUUGGUCAAGUAGUGCUGAGAAAGAAUUUAGUUUGGUGUUGGAAAAUCUUAAUCUUCGCUUUCCCAGUGGUUUCCUGGUUGCUGUAAUUGGAGAGGUAGGAUCUGGUAAAUCAUCCUUGCUUAAUCUGAUUCUAGGUGAAAUGAGACUCGUCAAUGGAACAAAAUAUCUCAGUGGAUCCACAACAUACGUACCACAGAUUCCUUGGAUUCUGUCAGGAACUAUCCGUGACAAUAUUUUGUUCGGUAGGGAUUAUGACUUGACAAGAUACUCAGAUGUAUUAAAGGCUUGUGCACUUGAUCUUGAUGUUUCCAUGAUGGUGGGAGGCGAUAUGGCAUGUAUAGGAGAGAAAGGAAUCAAUUUGUCUGGAGGACAAAAAGCACGUCUUGCUCUUGCUAGGGCUCUUUACUGUGGAUCCGACAUAUACAUGCUUGAUGAUGUUCUGAGUGCAGUAGAUGCUCAUGUUGCAUUUUCAAUCUUACAUAAUGCCAUUCUUGGCCCUUUAAUGAACCGCCAGACACGCAUUCUUUGCACCCAUAAUGUGCAGGCUAUAUAUGCUGCUGAUAUGGUGGUCGAAUUGGAUAAGGGAACAGUAAAAUGGGUUGGAAGUCCGUCUGAAUUAUCUCUUUCUUCUUACUUGGCGGUUCCCUCAAUAGACAACUGUAAUGUUACUUCUGUAGUUCAAGUGGAGCAAAUGUCAUCUGCUAUCACUGAAGUUCAAGAGGAAGUCCAGGAGGACGAUUCUGUGUGCAAUUUGGGUGAUCUGAAAGGUUCUAUAGAAGCUGAGAAAAGGAAAGAAGGAAGAGUGGAACUCAUGGUGUACAAAAAAUAUGCAGAAUUCGCUGGCAGAUUUAUUGCAAUCUUGACAUGCGUGUCUGCAAUUCUGAUGCAAUUUUCGCGUAAUGGGAAUGAUCUCUGGCUUUCAUAUUGGGUUGAUACAACUGGAAGCAGACACAAACACUACUCUACAGCCUUCUAUCUGUUGUUGAAUCGGCUUAUAAAUGCAAAUGUUAGCUUCUUUGAUCAGACUCCUACAGGGAGAAUACUUAACAGAUUUUCUUCAGACCUUUAUACUAUCGAUGAUGCUCUUCCAUUCAUUCUCAACAUCCUCCUGGCCAAUUUUGUUGGCCUCUUGGGCAUAGCUAUUGUUUUGUCAUAUGUGCAGGUCACAUUCCUACUACUAUUACUACCAUUCUGGUAUAUUUACAGCAAACUACAGUUCUACUACAGAUCAACAUCACGUGAGUUACGAAGGCUAGAUAGUGUUUCUCGCUCGCCUAUUUAUGCAUCAUUCACUGAAACAUUAGAUGGAGCAUCAACUAUUCGGGCAUUCAAAUCAGAGGACUUUUUCUUCUGCCGAUUCACUCAGCAUGUAAGGUUAUAUCAGAGAGCUUCAUACUCUGAGGUGACAGCAAGUCUGUGGCUUUCCUUGCGCCUUCAGUUGUUGGCAGCUUUUAUUGUCUCGUUUGUUGCUGUGAUGGCCGUUAUUGGGUCUCAUAGACAUCUUCCAAUCGAUUUAGGUACUCCAGGACUGGUUGGAUUAGCUCUCUCAUAUGCAGCUCCAAUCGUGUCAUUGCUGGGUAGCUUUCUGACAAGUUUGACUGAAACAGAGAAGGAGAUGGUUUCUGUGGAAAGGGUUCUUCAGUAUAUGGACAUUCCACAAGAAACUGUUGGAAAUAAACAGUUAAUUCUAAAUUGGCCAUCUCAAGGGGAGAUAAGGUUCCAGAACGUGACACUUAGAUACAUGCCCUCUUUACCUCCGGCAUUACGUGGUGUAUCUUUUGAGAUAUCAGGAGGAACUCAGGUUGGAGUUAUUGGAAGAACAGGUGCUGGUAAAUCAAGCAUUUUGAAUGCCUUAUUUCGCCUGAACCCGAUAUGUGAGGGUUGUAUAAUAGUGGAUGGAAUUGAUAUAGCUGGAAUUUCCCUAAGAGAUCUUCGUUCUCAUAUGGCUGUUGUUCCCCAAAGUCCCUUCUUGUUUGAAGGAUCAUUGAGGUCUAAUCUGGACCCACUACAGAUGAAUGAUGAUACAAAGAUCUGGAAUAUCCUUGAGAAGUGUCAUAUGAAGCAGGAAGUAGUCGCAACUGGAGGUCUGGCCAUUCACGUAAGAGAGUCUGGAGUAUCAUUCUCUGUUGGCCAACGGCAGCUUCUUUGCCUAGCACGCGCACUCUUGAAAUCUUCUCAGGUAUUCUGUUUGGACGAGUGCACGGCCAAUGUAGAUACUCAAACUGCUUCAAAACUACAGGAUGUAAUAUCCAGUGAAUGCCGAGGAAUAACAGUAAUAACAAUUGCUCAUCGCAUUUCAACAGUUCUUAAUAUGGACAAUAUCCUGAUUUUAGAUCAGGGGGCCCUGGUUGAGCAAGGAAAUCCAAGGGUUCUAUUGCAAGAUGAAUCAUCCUUAUUUUCAAGUUUCGCAAAAGCCUCAAAUAUGUAA